CAGCUCUCUCCAUUCAUAGACCAAUUAUAUGAACAUUUCAAGAUUUUAUUGUCCCCCCUCUAAAAAAUUAUUUUCAUUGGAUUCUUUAAAUUCUUGAAUCUAUUGAUCCGCCUCUUCUUUCGCAAACCCUUUGUAUUCAUAACCUUUGAAUCUUUGGGUUUUUGGGUUCUUGGCUUCCUUUUACCUUAACAAAGUAGGUGGUGAAAGAAAGCUUUUUCCUUUCCUUUCUUUUCUUUUUUUUUCCCCUAUCAGUGUCAUGCUUUCUUUCUAGUACAAACUUGAGUUUAUAGUUUUAAGUGUUCUUGCUGUUGACUAGGAAAAAGACACAGUAGAAAGAUAGAAAAAAAUAUGGAGCAGAAGCAUUUCUUGUUGUCUGCCUUAAGUGUUGGAGUCGGGGUUGGAGUGGGUUUAGGAUUGGCAUCUGGGCAGAGUAUGAGCAGAUGGGCUGGUGGAAAUGGUUCUCCAGAUUAUGUUACAUCUGAGCAGAUUGAGCAGGAGUUGAUGAGACAGGUGCUUAAGGGCAGAGAAAGCGGGGUCACUUUUGAUGAGUUCCCUUAUUACCUCAGUGAUGUAACUCGAGUUUCAUUGACAAGCUCUGCAUUUAUCCAUUUAAAGCACUCGGAUGUUUCCAAGUACACCCGGAACCUUUCACCAGCUAGUAAAGCUAUUUUGCUCUCAGGAACUGCUGAACCUUACCAGCAAAUGCUCGCCAAGGCUUUAGCACAUUACUUUGAGUCAAAGUUGUUGCUGUUGGAUGUUAACGAUUUUUCCAUAAAGAUGCAGAGCAAAUAUGGAUGCAUUAAAAAGGAAUCUUCGUUCAAGAGAUCUAUCUCAGAGGCAACAAUAGAACGGAUGUCCAGUUUGUUUAGUUCUUUCUCAGUCCUUCCUUCAAGACAAGAAACGACAGGCACAUUACGUCGUCAAGGCAGUAAUUUGGAUAUUAAAUCAAGGGCUAUGGAAGGUUUGAGUAACCAUGGCAAACUUCGUAGAAAUGCCUCUGCUGCCUCUGAUAUGAGUAGCAUUUCCUCCCAAUCCGCUUCCACAAAUCCAGCUUCCCUCAAGCGGGUCAGCAACUGGUGUUUUGAUGAGAAACUCUUUCUGGAAUCACUUUACAAGACAUUGAUUUCAAUAUCAGAAAGAAGUUCUGUCAUUUUGUACCUUCGGGAUGUUGAGAAGCUUCUUCUCCAGUCAGAAAGGAUGUACAUCUUGUUCAGUAAAUUCUUGAAGAAACUUUCAGGUUCAAUAUUGAUACUCGGUUCCCAUAUAGUGGACCAAGAAGAUGAUUGCAAAGAAGUGGAUGAGAGACUCACUAUGUUAUUCCCAUACAAUAUUGAGAUCAAACCACCGGAAGAUGAGACUCAUCUUGUCAGCUGGAAAGCAAAGUUGGAAGAGGACAUAAAGAUGAUUCAGUUUCAAGAUAACAAAAACCAUAUUGUCGAGGUACUUGCGGCAAAUGAUAUUGAAUGUGAUGAUUUGGCUUCAAUUUGCCAUGCAGACACAAUCGUUCUUAGCAAUUACAUAGAAGAAAUUGUGGUGUCAGCAAUAUCAUAUCAUCUAAUGAAUAGUAAGGAUCCAGAAUACCGAAAUGGAAAGCUUGUUAUAUCAUCUAAAAGCUUAUCUCAUGGAUUGAGUAUAUUCCAAGAAGGCAAAACUGGUGGGAAAGAUACUCUGAAAAUGGAGACAAAUGGUGUUGGCGAGGAGGCUCAAGGGGAAGAGGCCGUUGGUGCAAAGACUGAAACAUCAUCACCUGAAAGUAAGGGUGAAAUAGAUAAAUCUGUCCCUGGAGUGAAGAAGGAUGGGGAGAAUCCUCCUGCAGCUAAAGAAGUUCCUCCUGACAAUGAAUUCGAGAAAAGAAUCAGGCCAGAGGUUAUCCCUCCAAGUGAGAUUGGAGUGACUUUUGCAGAUAUUGGUGCCUUGGAUGAAAUUAAAGAAUCACUUCAGGAGCUUGUCAUGCUCCCUCUUAGAAGACCAGACCUCUUCAAAGGUGGACUUCUUAAGCCUUGCAGAGGCAUAUUGCUAUUUGGGCCUCCAGGCACAGGGAAAACAAUGCUAGCAAAGGCCAUAGCAAAUGAAGCAGGAGCAAGUUUCAUUAAUGUCUCAAUGUCAACCAUCACUUCAAAAUGGUUCGGUGAAGAUGAAAAGAAUGUGCGUGCAUUGUUUUCACUUGCUGCAAAGGUCUCGCCAACCAUCAUAUUUGUUGAUGAGGUUGAUAGCAUGCUUGGGCAGAGGACCAGAGUUGGAGAGCAUGAGGCCAUGCGGAAGAUAAAGAAUGAGUUCAUGACACAUUGGGAUGGGCUGUUGACAAAACCUGGUGAGCGUAUUCUAGUUCUUGCUGCGACAAACAGGCCAUUUGACCUUGAUGAAGCAAUUAUUAGGCGGUUUGAGCGCAGAAUUAUGGUUGGCCUUCCAUCUAUUGAGAACAGGGAAAUGAUCUUGAAAACUCUUCUAGCAAAAGAGAAAACUGAAGAUCUAGACUUCAAGGAACUUGCAGCUAUGACAGAAGGAUAUAGUGGAAGUGACCUCAAGAACUUCUGUGUGACAGCAGCUUAUCGACCUGUUAGAGAGUUAGUACAGCAAGAGGGAUUGAAAGACAAAGAAAAAAAGAAGAAAGCUGAAGAAGGCACAAGCUCAGAAGAUGCUUCAAGUGCAAAGGAAGAAGAUAAAGAGGAACAACUAAUCACUCUAAGGCCUUUAAAUAUGGAAGAUAUGAGGCAGGCAAAGAAUCAGGUUGCUGCAAGUUUUGCAUCCGAGGGAUCAAUAAUGAAUGAGCUAAAGCAAUGGAAUGAAUUAUAUGGGGAAGGAGGUUCAAGAAAGAAACAACAGUUAACUUACUUCCUGUAGAUUGUAGAAAGCUGUCGUCUCAGAGUCUCAUCAGUAAUAGAAGGGAGGCAGAAGUUCAUGGAAAGUCAACGCCCUGCAAGUGAGAUUUUAUUAUUACAGGCAUAAAGCAACAAUGAACAGAAAGCAGCACCAGAUUAUCAGAAUGAAAAUUUGGCAAUUGCAACAGUGCUUGUGUCAGGUUGAAAUGUGUCUUUCAAAGUCAUUAUCUGUAGUUUGUUCUUGUUGUAUACAACAGAGGAGUCUCUUGUUGUUUAGGCAAUCCUUAGACCAUUGAAAACCACAUUUUGGUAUUGUAAUUAUGUUUUAGGAGUGUUUGGUAAUUGGAAAUUGUGGAAUUUGGAAGAAACCCUUGUUAUCGGGUUUUGUUAGACAAUCUGCAGCAGCCCAUGAGCAGUAUCGCUCAUACAGUAGCAUUUGUAAAUUAGUCUUUGUAUAAACUAGUAGUAUAUACUUCUUCUAGAAUUGACGUUACUUGUGUGAUUGAA